AUGUCAAUCGCUAACAUCGUUCGCACCAAAGAUGUUCAUAUCGAUGAAGAUGUAAACUUUGAAUCAUUAAUCACAAAUAAAGACAUACUACGAGGUCUAACCGAGGCGGGAUAUGAUCGGCCAUCGCCAAUUCAACUAAAGGCAAUUCCCCCGGGAAAAUUGGGUUUGGAUGUUAUUGCCCAAGCAAAAUCAGGGACCGGGAAAACAAUUGUUUUUGGAAUUAUAUCAUUGGAGAUAUUGGAUUUGAGUAAACUUCGUCCUCAGGUUUUAAUUUUGGCACCUACCAGAGAAAUAGCAGUACAGACAAAAGAAGUGAUAUGUAACAUUGGUCGAUACCUGAAUGGAUUAGAAUGUCAUGUAUUUAUCGGGGGGCUGCCCGUCGAAGAAGAUUUUCAGAAACUUAGGAAGUGUCAUAUAGCAAUUGGAUCACCUGACAUCCUAUUAAUUGAAGAAAUUUCAACAGGAAGAAUUGGACUUCUCUUGAGCAACAAGCACAUGGUUGCUGAUGAUAUAAAGUUACUUGUGCUGGAUGAGGCGGAUAAGUUGAUGGAAAGGAAUUUUGUCGCCCAACUAAAAAAAAUUAACAGUCGACUUCCUCAAAUUAAGCAAGUCCUAUCAUUUUCCGCAACGUACGAUAAGGCUUUAUUGAAAACACUCGGGAAAUUUGUUCAAAAUCCUCACUACAUCAUGCUAUCCGAAGGUACACCAAGUCUCGAAGGUGUCCUUCAGUAUUUUCAAAUGGUGCGAACACUCGACACUGACAAUGCGGUCGAAAAGUUUAAAUUUUACGAAGAGAAAUUCAAAAAGUUGGCCGACUUAUUAAGUCGAGUUCCGUUCUAUCAGUGCAUCGUAUUUUUGAAUCAUCGUGGAAGAGCAAUUGACCUGGCGAAUUAUUUGACAAGUCAAGGGUGGAUGGCGCUGAACAUAUCAGGCGGGCUAGAUCAGAAGACUCGUCUGGAAACCAUGUCAAAAGCUCGUAGUUUUCAAAUAAGGGUUCUUGUUUGCAGCGAUCUGAUAGCCCGGGGUAUUGACAUAGACAGGGUGAACCUGGUGGUGAACUUGGAUAUGCCAAAAGAUGCCGAAACCUAUUUACAUCGUGUUGGAAGGACCGGACGGUACGGAACCCAUGGAUUAGCAAUUAGCUUCGUUGAUAAUGAUGGUCUGGAAUUUUUAAACAACCUGAAACAAAACUACCAUGUUGAUAUUAACGCACUUCCAGAUAAAAUUUCAUACCAACACCACCAAAGGCCAUUGACAGCGGAAAACGAUAAGGAGGCAUACGAAAAAUUAUUAAGUGAAAGGGAAUCCAUCAAGACCAAAAUACCAGAACCUCUGCCAGUUGUAUUUUCUGAGGAUUUUGACAACACCACUCAUAGAAGGUUAGACGUGAAUAAAGAAAUAAAGAAGGAUGAAGAAACCGAGGGUAAUUCCCAUAUCAACAAUGCACAUUAUCAACAAGAGGAUUAUCCUCAAUAUUAUGGAAAUCAACAGUUCGAGAAUUGGCACUACAACCCAUAUUUAUAUUACUAUCAGCCUUGUCCUCCAUGUCCAACCUGUUAUUCACAGCACCUGCAUUGUUACGAUCGUAUGGUCCCCGUUAAGCAUGGCGGAGGUGGGAAUGAUUUGUACGGGAAAGAAGUAAAAAGCAAUGAUGAUAUAUUUUUACCCCCUGAUCUCCCAUUUUAA